ACGUCGGUUGGCACCAUGGAAGCUGAGAGGCCUCCCCGUACAGGUUUUAAAAUUCCAAAGUUUUUCUCAUUCAACAUGAUAGUUAACCCCGCGAUAUCCGAAGUCGAUGUCUCCGAAGAAAUCGAGGUGACCGAGUCGAAACAAUCACCGCCUAUUAUAGCUUCAGAACCACGGAAACAGAGCAGUCUAGUCACCAUAUUUGUACUAUGGAACACUAUGGUGGGCACAUCACUUCUGGCCAUGCCCUGGGGUGUGGAGAGGGCAGGACUCAUCAUGGGGGUGAUUCUGCCUAUCGUCAUGGGUGCACUGUGUUGCUACACCGCCUACUGCAACGUUGCUACCCAAGCUGCUUACGGUCCGGCUGGGGGUGAGAUCUCGGAACUCACCAGACACAUGUUGGGUCCAAGAUUCGAGUUCCUGUCUAAACUCUUCUCCUACAUUGUACUGUUAGGGGCACUCAUAGUCUACUGGAUCCUUAUGUCUAACUUCCUAUAUUUUACUGUUGACUACAUAUACACUGCAACCACAGGUGGCUUCAAGGACAUUGAUACUUUCGAACUGACUGGUUCAGAAAUCUGUCUUGUGGACCAAGUAAAGUCAAACAUCACAGCAGAUCUUCAGCCGAGCGUGUUCAAGCGGGUCUGGAACCUGGGGACGGUUCCUAUUUACCUCAUAGUCCUCUUAGCACCCUUGCUAAGCUUUAAAUCAGCUACUUUCUUUACAAAGUUCAAUUCAUUAGGAACAAUGUCACUGGUGUACCUGAUGGUGUUCGUGGUGGUAAAGGCUUUGUCGUGGGGUUUCAACUUGGACUUGACCAACCCAUCCAGUGUACACUACUCGGAAUUGGUUCAACCCUCUUUCUUUGCAACAUCGGGCACUCUUGCCAUGUCAUACUACAUGCACAACAUCAUCAUUACUGUAAUGCGCAGCAACAAGAACCAAAGGAACAAUGCUCGAGAUGUGGCUGUCGGAUAUGGUCUUGGGACAGGAACUUACUUGAUCGUAGGAUCACUAUUCUACAUUUCAUUUCCACUGGCCAAAACAUGCAUUGAAGAUAACAUGCUUAACAAUUUUGCCAGCUGGGACGUGUUGACUCUAGUGGCUCGAAUGUUCCUCUUCUUCCAGCUGACUACCGUGUACCCACUCAUAAACUACAUGUUGAGGUACCAAGUGAUGACAGCCUUCUUCUCCUCUCCCUACCCGAGUCUCCUCCAUGUUCUCAUUUUCAACUUAAUCGUUGUUGUUUCGUGUGUCCUGUUUGCUGUGUUUCUACCACGAAUCGGAACUGUGAUCAGAUUCACAGGAGCAAUAAGUGGAUGUUUCCAUGUGUUCACACUGCCCUGCCUUCUGAAGCUGGCAGGACAGAAACAGUCCGGGGAACUGUCUAUCGCUUCUCUCAUCAUUCACCUGGCGAUCCCAGUGUUAGGCUUCGUCAAUUUGGUGGCUCAGUUCUUUGUGUCUGACAGCUGAGUAAUUCGCCAUCAUGAUUGAACAUACUUUUGUAUUAUAUUUUGUAUAUUUAAAAUAUGCAAGAGAAAACAACUAAUAUAAAUACUUCACUAAGUAUUAUUUUUUAAUUUAUAGUAAUUAAUUAUUACACUGUACUAGGAGCAAUGUAUUCAUAAUAUAGUAGGGUGAGUUUUUUUUAUUUCAGUAAGUAAUAAGUAGAGGAAUCAGUCUUUUGUUGUGUUCUGUAUACAAUUAUUGUUUUUAUAAUAUUACUUAUAAGCUUUUACUACACUUAAAUUUGUAGUUAUGUUUUAUUUUAAUAUGUUUAUAGAAAAUGUAUGUUUGUAACUUAAGAGUUGGAUUAUACAGAUUUUACUACGGAAA